UGUUUGCCCUGUGUGGUUUUGUCCCUGCCUGCAUAAGUGUGUGCACACAGGCAAACACAUAUUUUUAGGUUUGUGAUAGGAAAUGCCAGAGUAACCCGAUAGGUGUUUUCUGUGGUCUCAGACUAAAAAGCAUGUUAUAAUGGCAUUUUUCAACACAUCUAAUGAAAGGUCUGUUUGCAUUUCAAGUGCAUAUUCAUCCCGGUUGGCUGUGUCCAGUAUGAAUCUAUUUGACCAUCUCAACGAAUAGUGCUUUUGCACAAAGAGCGCGGUGUCUCUCUUAUCUAACUGAACUUAUGUGGCCUGUACAUGAAAAGCUCGAGGAUCGAGUGGCUUUUUUUUUUUUUUUUUUUUUUUUUGAAAAAAAAAUAAAUCUUUGCAUCAGUAUUGCUCUUAAAGGAGCAUUUCUGGAUGUAAUUUCACUGAAUUUCAGAGUUGGAAGGGACCAUAGAGGUCAUCUAGUCCAACUCCAUCAUCUAGUCCAACUCCAUAAAUUAAGCUUUUUUUUUUUAACUGUUACUCCUGAAAAUGGCCUUUCGAUUUAAUUUUUUUAUCGAUGAAAAUGAGAACAACGAAGCAGACGCUCGUGAUGGGAUGGACUUAGAGCUGCGCGCCCCAAAACGCACGCAGGAAUGUGUGGAAAAGAGCAAGGAAACGUCCAGUCCCAUAGUGGGCUCCAGCCCCGGGCUGGGCACCGAUAAGCACGAAGCUGAGACGCCAUCUGAGAAAAAGUUCUGCUUCAAAGCUGCCAAGGAACACGCUGUUCCUGAAGAUCUCGACAAAGUAUUGGAAAAUAAAGUCAUGGAAAGAAGGUGGGACCUGUAUUACGUAAACGUGUCUGCAGUGGAAAUGUCACGUUUGGAUGACGCCGACGGGGAAGGCAUCGUGUCUAAAAGCGUUUCUUCUCACUCCGAUCUCAUCCCAGGGGUCUACGAGGGAGGACUGAAAAUCUGGGAAUGCACCUUUGAUCUCAUAGACUACUUUUCCGAGGCCGAAAUACAGUUUACCGACAAGACCGUACUGGAUCUUGGCUGCGGGGCCGGACUGCUGGGAAUAGUUGCGUUGAAGGGAAAAGCUGGAAAAGUCCAUUUUCAGGACUACAACAGCACAGUGAUCGAUGAAAUAACCUUGCCGAACGCGGUGGCUAACUGCAUAGGUGACCGCAGUCGGACAGGCAGCGGAGGUGGUGGAAAAACUCAGGAACCUCCUUCGAAGAGGCCCAAGAAAGCAGAGUGCUCGCCCGAUGCGCUCACCAAAUGCAGAUUUUUUUCUGGAGAAUGGUCUGAAGUCAGCCGGCUCCUGUCCAGCAGCAACAAACCCUUCUCCAAGUACGACAUCAUUCUCACCUCCGAGACCAUCUAUAACCCUGACUACUACGCUGCUUUGCACAACACCCUGGCUCAGCUCCUGGAUAAAAGCGGCCGGGUGUAUUUGGCAAGCAAAGCACAUUAUUUUGGGGUCGGGGGUGGCAUCUACCUCUUUGAGAAAUUCGUUGAAGAGAGAAACGUCUUUAGGACCAGCAUAGUUAAAAUAAUCGAUAAAGGACUGCAGCGAUGUAUUAUGGAAAUGGCCUUUAAAGAUUCCAGUUAAAAUUCAACCACCGGUCCUUCAAAAGUAUCUUAAAGAUGAAA